UGUUUCAGAAGGGACGGGCGAUAGACACUGGAGAAGUGGACAUUGGUGCACAGGUCAUGCAGACCAUUCCACCUGGCUUAUUCUGGCGUUUCCAGAUUACUAUCCACCAUCCAAUAUAUCUGAAAUUCAAUAUUUCUUUAGCCAAGGACUCUUUGCUGGGAAUUUAUGGCAGAAGAAACAUUCCACCUACACACACACAGUUUGAUUUUGUAAAACUAAUGGAUGGCAAACAGCUGGUCAAGCAGGACUCCAAGGUCUCUGAUGAUACUCAGCACUCUCCUCGGAACCUGAUCUUAACUUCACUUCAGGAAACAGGUUUCAUAGAGUAUAUGGACCAAGGCCCUUGGUACCUGGCAUUUUACAAUGAUGGAAAAAAGAUGGAGCAAGUAUUCGUGUUAACUACAGCAAUCGAAAUAAUGGAUGACUGUUCAACCAAUUGCAAUGGAAAUGGAGAGUGUAUCUCUGGCCACUGUCAUUGUUUCCCUGGAUUCCUUGGACCUGACUGUGCUAGAGGUAAUGUUGUUAUUCUCAUUGGUUUAGGGAAAUAG